UUCAGUGUUGACCCAUCACAGUUUUCUUCUUCUUGUUCUUCUGCAUGGAAACGGAAGGGAAUGAGAGCACAAGAAGGAAGACCCUUGUGGUGAGAAAACCAUGCUUCGGUCUCCCAACAGGUUGCCCUCAAUGCUUGUCUGCUUACAUCUAUCUCAAGCUUUCUCAACAUCCCUUCCACUUGGAUUUCCACUCUAACUACCCUGAUUCUGAUCAAAUUCCUUACUUUGAGAAUGGUGAUUAUGUGGCAUAUAAUAAUGAGAAGGAGGGGAUCAUUGAGUGCUUGAAAAGGGAUGUAGGUGAUUUAGAUAGUGAGGUUUGUUCACUCCCUGGUUGGAUGCCAACCAAAGUGAUGCUCACAACUUGGCUUGCUGAUGCACUUGAGUAUGAACUGUGGGUGGGAUGUGACGCUUCCUCUGCUUAUAACAUCUAUUAUUCUGAUCUUCCAUGGCCUAUUGGAAAAGUCCUGUUUUGGAAGAAAGUUCACUGGGUAAAGCAGAAACAUGGGAUAACUAAAGACAAUGGUGAAGUAAAGGAAGAAGAGAUUUAUGGGAGAGCAAAAUCUGCAUAUGAUGCUCUGUCAAUUUGGUUAGGGGAAGGAAACUACUUAUUCGAAAACAGGCCAUCAAGCUUGGAUGCUAUUUUUCUUGCACAUGCAUUAGUCGUUCUUCAAGCUUUACCUGAAUCGUCAAUGCUUCGGAUCAAUCUUUUGGAACAUGCUAUUUUAGUGAGAUAUGUGCAACAAUGUAAGACAGAACUUAUAGAAGCUGGUUCAUUUUCUUCCAGUGAUCCAUAUUUUCAUGCAGAUGCAUCAUCAUCAGCUUCCAGAGGUCGUUCAACUUCAAGUUCAAAGCCCAAGAGCAAACCCAAAAGGGAGAAAACAAAGGAGGAGAAAACAUUUAGAAGAAGGGCCAAAUAUUUUGUGGUAUCACAACUGGUUGCAGUUGCUCUUUUCCUCAGUAUCACGUCUGGAUUUGGUAAUAAUGGUGAUGUGGAGAUCGAUGAUGGUUUUACAGGCUAUGGUUAUGAUGAUUAAAAUGCGUUCAUUUGUUUAUAUUCCUUUCAAUAACAAAGCCUAGGCUGAUUGCACCUUGUAAGAUUGUGUAUGAUACAAAUUUAAGAGUUAGGUAGUGUUUGGUUGAAGAUUUAUUUUGGGAUUGAUGGGAAAGUGUGAGUGGAUAUUGGAAAAUACCAUGUUUGGUUCAGGUUUUUUCAAAAAAUACUAGGCAAAUAGAAUAGAUGGGAAAAUGACUUUUGUGUUGAUUUUUUGAUGAAAUUCACUGUUACAGAAUACCACUUGAGAUGUGGU